AUGCUGCCCACAAGCUGCGGUGCCAAGACGCGUCUGUCUCUAUGGAUUAUUUUCCUCUGCGUGUCCAUCGUGUGCGCCAGGAAGGAGCACGCUGAUGCUGAUGAUGCUGAUGAGUCCUGGCCGGAGAGUGUUUCCAGGGCGAGGUGUGCGUCGCGGUGCCUCAGCUUGCACAGCGUCGCUGCGCUCUCCACACCUCUGCAGAAUAAUGGAUCUCUGGGCUGGUGUCAUAAUCAUAAACAGUGCGCAAAGUGCCUGGAGCCCUGCAAAGAUUCCUGGGAGAUGAAGAGGAAAAGCAACUGCAGAGAACUGUGUGAGCGGGUGUUUCCUAAAAAGCACUGGGAGUGUGUGACCAGCUGUGAGUUUCUUCAGUCGGUGCUGGAGGUGAAACAGGGCGUCUGUCCGCCUCCAGAGAGAGCCAGCGGCUUUGCAGCUGCCUGCGUGGAGAGCUGCGAUCAGGACAGAGAAUGUCCGGCUCAGAAGAAGUGCUGCUCAAAUGGCUGCGGCCACACCUGCCAGUCUCCCAAAGACCUCUAUAAGGGUGCUCCUCUGAAGCCAAGGAAGGAGCUGGGCUUUGAGGAACUCUCCUCCGGCCGGCUGGAGGUACGCUGGUCCUCCCGCUUCAACAUCUCUGCAGAGCCUGUCGUCUACAUCCUGCAGAGGAGGUGGAACUUUGGCAUCCAGCCCAGUGAGGACGCCGCCACCUCCUGGCAGGUGGUUGCACAGACCACAGAUCAGGGAGCGAGGCUGUCCGACAUCAGGCCCGGUCGCUGGUACCAGUUCAGAGUGGCAGCCGUCAACACCCACGGAACCAGAGGUUUCACCACACCCAGCAGACACAUCCACUCCAGCAGAGACCCCUCCAACCCUCCGGCUCCCACUGAGCUGAAAAUGGUCAACAUGAGCUUCGGCCCCGGCAGGACUGUGUCGGCCAGGAUCCAGUGGACCAUGCCGGCCGACCUGGACGUCCCCAUCCACCACUACAAGGUCAGCUGGAGCUGGACGGCGGUUGGACAUUCCUCUGCCUCAUCGCUGACCAAGAGGAGGAAGACAGUCAGAGAGAGCCACGUGGAGCUGGACAGCAUGCGGUCGAACCGGAGCUACAGCGUGGAGGUCCAAGCCGUGUCCUACUGGGGACAAACGCAGCUCAAAGGACCUCGAGCUGUCCUCUACUUCACCACACAGCGCGGUAUAACUGUUCCAAGGAACCCGACAGGUGACAUCCUGGAUGUUGGGACGCCGUUCUACCAGGAUGGACAGCUCCAGGUUCAUGUUUACUGGCAGCGUAGCACAGAUCCUUCAGUUGAAUUCUACAGAAUCCAGUGGGGACCAGAGUACUGUGGAUACAACCAGACCAGACCCAUGGAGAAGACCACCACCCAGGAGAGCUUUACCAGCCUGAGGGGUUUGCUUUUCUCCUGCAAGUAUAAAGUCCUUCUGCAGCCACUCAGCAAGAAAAGCCGUCCUCUGGCAGAAAGCACCAGCUUCCUCACUCCGUCCUGCGCCACCAUACAGGCCAAGAGUCCGAAACCCAUCGUCUGUUCUGGAGAAACAGCUGUGUCCACUCAGAAGGUCCUGGUGAAGGCAGCCAACCUGACAGCAUCUUUUGAGGUCAGAGGUGGCAAUGUGACGGCCAUCUUUAGCUGGGAUUUGUCCAUGAAUCCCCCCCACCAGCAGCUGACUGGCUACCAGGUGACCUGGGCGGAGGUCAUCCCCACCAACCGCCACAGCAACAACAAGCUGCCUCACAGCCUCAUCUCCCAGUCCCAGAUCCUUCCACCGGAUGGGAAAGUUCUGGUGGUGUCAGGCCUGCACCCUGCCAGUCUGUACAGGUUGGAGGUCCAGGCCAUCACAGCAGAGGGUGAAGGUCCAGCAACCAGCAGAACCUUUCAGACUCCCGGAUACCAGAGCGCCCCGAAGCACAAAUCCAGGCUGAGGAAGCAUCACCAUAAACAACCGGUCUUUGAGAGGCACUGA